AUGGAAGAACGCGUGACAUUUAAGGAAAGAAUAAAGUCAGAAUUGUCUUAUCACAACAUCAAGUUAUAUCCCUAUGAAAGUGAUGAACUUGACGAAAAUGAAAUCUCUCUUAACGAUCGCAUCAAGCAGCAAUUGAUUCCAUUCGCCAUUGUUGGAUCAGAAAAGAAUGUUCUCAUUGAUGGAAAGCAGGUUCGCGGACGAAGGAAUAAAUGGGGCGUUAUUAACGGUAAAUUGAAUUUCGCCUUAGGCCUAUUUUACAUCUUGUGA